AUGGCGGAUGCUUUCCCUCGGACAUUCCCUCCAGCUAUGGGCUCCCCCCUUCCAGAAUCCUUUGCCCUGUGGCCGCCAACCCCUCACACGAAUGGGAUCAGACCUGCGACGGUUCAUGAGACCAGCUUUUCAUAUCCUCUUCCUGGAGACUGCCCGGCUGCUACCACGGCUUGGGAUCCAAAUUGCCUGUCCAUGGGGUUGCCCUCUGAGAACCAUGAUAUGGAAACCAAUGGGACGGACAUGUCCCAACAAUACGAGGAUAGCUCAUUAGAUAGUACGUUGCACCCGUGGAGGAUUGAUAUGACUUUCAAGGCGACUGGUUACUGAUAUUAAAGCUUAUAGAUAAUGAUUGGAACCGCCCUCGUGGAGGCGACUAUAGCUCGGUGUUGCGUAACCUGGACAAUGAUGUGGACCGUCUAGGGUCCAGCUAUGGGAGCAGCAGUAAUGACACAAGUCUACUCGAUCCCCACUAUCCAUACGCCACACAGCCUAGGGACGGUGACGGUUUGAGCUUGAACACCAACUUCCCUCGCCGUCUAUCAGAUGCCGCUUCACUGUCGAGUGCGGAUGCGCUGGUGUCAGCAUCGGACAUGCCCUACGACGACUAUUCUUCAUACGAUGGAUCAGCCAUGACCGACUACACCCACAGAACGCCAUUAUCAAUGUCCUCUGCCACACCGCUUUCACCCGUAAUGUCGCCACGCCAGACCAGCCGGAUGUCGGCUCAUAGCGGUAGCAGGGGCCGGGCUUCACCUUCUCCAUCUCGCGCCCUAAAUGUUCGAUCCGUGCCGUACCCUGCUGGGGGCAGGGAUGCAGCGAACAAGAGGUGGUCCACCGGAUCCUUCAUACCGGGGUCGCAGGCUUCGGUUCAGUACCCCGGAAACGUAGAUCCACACUUGCAGUCACAAUUCCACUCCCACCACUCCUCGCCAACAUGUUCCUCCGCACACCCCACCCCGCAGAACCUCCUCCUCUCGCACAACCAUGGUUUCACCCGAGCAAACGGCUUGCUGCCCAGCUCAUACAUGGAUACCUCACCAUCACCGCACGACUGCCACCCACAGAUGCCGGACCACAUCCUCGUCAAGAUGCUCCAGUCCAACGCAGCGGAGCACUACCGUAACCACUACGCUGACCCCACUGAUCCCCCGGAUCUCUAUGCCUCUCUGAGCGAAGAGCAGAUCCCGCCUCCCCCAGAGGACAUGGACCCCGAAGACCCAGACCUCAAGCCCCACGAACAGGAACUGAGGUUCGAGGGGGACCUGUACACGCCCAGAUGGGUCCGUGGUCACGGGAACAAGCGCGAGGGAUGGUGCGGGAUCUGCAAGCCUGGGCGCUGGUUGGUUCUCAAGAACUCCGCGUUCUGGUACGACAAAUCAUUCACCCACGGUAUCAGUGCGGCUACCGGGCAGAGGUUCUUGGAGCCGGAAUCAGUGAGGAGGAUGGAGGGGAAUCCCGACGUUUGGGAGGGCCUAUGUCACUCGUGCAAAGACUGGGUUGCCUUGGUUAGCAAUAAGAAGAAGGGGACCACUUGGUUUAGACAUGCUUACAAGGUUUGUUUUACCGAGAAUGUUAAAGAAAAUCGAUCAGAGGUGGGAUGCUAACUUGUUCGCUCAACUAAUAUAGUGCCAUACACAUCCCAAGAUCAAAGAUGCACCAAAGCGGAGGAGGGAGAGUAGUCAAGGCAAGGCCGCUGCAGCAGCUGCAGCCGCCAAAGCAAAGGUGGAUUCCAUAAAGAUGAAUGGAAUGCAUCACGAGUCGAUGGGAUGAACUGUCCUUCCCUUCCCUGCCUUCUCCGCCGUCCCCCGGUUCAAUGAUCUCUUAUCCCCCUUUGUCUUUGUCUUCUUUCUGCCCUUCCCUCGCCAAUAUCCUUUUUUCCCUUUCUUUCCUUUUUCCCCUUUUUUUCUUUUUUUACGGAUUUUCUUGCUCUCGUAACGACCCCACUUCUACCAUAUUCUCUCCCCUCUAAUGAGAUGGAUACGCAGCCUAGUCCUUUUCUCCUUUUCCUUCUCUCAUUAUAGCCACCGUAGUUUGGAGCGUUUGUUUUUGGAGAUUUUUUGAUUUUUUUUCCUUGAAUUUGUCAACGGCGGGCGCGAGGGGGGGGAGCAUUUUAUGUUAUGUGGAAAAAGAAGGAAGAGCCAUCUUUCAUCAUCACUAUUUCUUUUGUCUUCUGGCUUGCAUACGGCUUUUACGCUCCAGUGCCCAUUUCUUCAUCCAGUGGUCUUUCAUCGUCAUACCCAAACUUCACUCUUCUGGGGUGGGUGUGACGGGCGAUCUAUUUUUCUCUUUCGAAUAAAAAAAAAGAUUUCUCCCGAAUUUGUCUUAUCCCUCUCUCUCUCGGUAUGAGCAUGUUUUGCUUGGCCGUUUGUGUUUCGUUUCACCUCUGUUUUGAAAUACCUCGUGCUCGGUUUCCUUUCACUUUCAUUGUUGCGGAGAUAUUGGUUCAGGGUCAAAUUGGAAGGUCAUGGUACGGUAUUUUUCUUUCCGAAACGGCGGUCGGGUCGGGGUCAUUGGCGGGGUUUCGGGGUUUAUUGAUUUUGUGUUUUAUUUUUAUUUUUUAUUUCCUUCUGUCAUGGUUCUCCCAUUUGUUCUGUAGAGCGGGUUUUAUGAUGGUUAGUUUUUCUCUUUCUGAAUUCUGAGCUCUGAUUAUUCUUUUUGUUUAUUUCCCUUUGCCCGGUCGUUCUCCAUCUGUAUUUUUCUCCAUCUCUUCCCGAAGUCGGUUGUCCUUUUCCCUACAUCGUUUCCCUUUGUUCUUUUUUUGCUCGUGUUUUUUUUUUAUUAAUGAUAGACAAAAUUUAACAAAACAAAAAGUCAAAACAGAAAGGAUGGUCAUGGACCGCUACGCUUCCAAAGAUUUUUAACGAAGUUCUUUCCGGUUUGAGUGCUAAUGAGUUGUCUGUGCGGUGCGGUGCCGGUGCGGUACGGUAUAGUGUUGUACUCGAGUAUUCCGUUGUCGGGUCAUGAUGUGAAGGACUGGGCAGUGCCAGCCUGGAAGAAAUUGUUGCUAGAACAUUCGAUCAGGCGGGCUGGUAUUUUUUUUGCAAGGGCAGAGCCUUAGGU